AGCAGUUGCCCGAGCCGCGGAGACCUGGGCAGGAGCAAUGCCUGCGCGCAGCCGUCACCGCUCUCGCCUCCACUACAGGUCCCCUCCCCGGGCUCCGCCCCCGCCGCUCGGGGCGCUCCACUCCGGCGAGGCUCGGAGGGCCCCGGACUCCGACGGCGGCUCGGACGCCGACUCGGAGGUGGGUCCGGGCAGCCCGACUCGGACCACAGAGACAGUGGAGGAGGAAAUGGCUGGUCCUAAUCAACUCUGCAUUCGCCGCUGGACAACCAAGCAUGUGGCUGUUUGGCUGAAGGAUGAAGGCUUCUUUGAAUAUGUGGACAUAUUAUGCAAUAAGCACCGACUUGAUGGAAUCACAUUGCUAACAUUAACUGAAUAUGAUCUCCGGUCUCCUCCUCUGGAAAUCAAAGUCUUAGGGGACAUUAAAAGGUUAAUGCUUUCCGUCCGGAAAUUGCAGAAAAUACAUAUUGAUGUUUUAGAAGAGAUGGGAUACAACAGUGACAGUCCCAUGAGUUCCAUGACCCCUUUCAUCAGUGCUCUUCAGAGUGCAGAGUGGCUCUGUAAUGGGGAGCCUUCACAUGACUGUGAUGGACCCAUCAUUGAUUUGAAUUCUGAUCAGUACCAAUACAUGAAUGGUAAAAACAAACAUUCUGUUCGAAGAUUGGACCCAGAGUACUGGAAGACCAUAUUGAGUUGUAUAUAUGUUUUUAUAGUAUUCGGUUUUACAUCUUUCAUUAUGGUUAUAGUCCAUGAGCGAGUGCCUGACAUGCAGACCUACCCACCGCUCCCAGAUAUAUUCUUAGACAGCGUUCCUAGAAUCCCAUGGGCCUUUGCCAUGACAGAAGUAUGUGGCAUGAUUCUGUGCUAUAUUUGGAUCCUGGUUCUUCUUCUUCACAAACACAGGUCAAUACUUCUGCGAAGGCUCUGUAGUCUGAUGGGCACUGUAUUCUUGCUUCGCUGCUUUACCAUGUUUGUGACCUCCCUCUCCGUGCCAGGACAGCACCUGCAGUGUACUGGAAAGAUAUAUGGCAGUGUGUGGGAGAAACUACGCCGGGCCUUUGCCAUUUGGAGUGGCUUUGGUAUGACGCUAACAGGUGUUCACACUUGUGGAGAUUACAUGUUCAGUGGCCACACAGUCGUCCUAACUAUGCUGAACUUCUUUGUCACUGAAUAUACACCAAGAAGCUGGAAUUUCUUGCACACUUUAUCCUGGGUUCUCAACCUCUUUGGAAUCUUCUUCAUUUUGGCUGCCCAUGAACAUUAUUCCAUUGAUGUGUUUAUUGCCUUUUAUAUCACAACAAGACUCUUUUUGUACUACCAUACUCUAGCUAAUACCAGAGCAUAUCAGCAGAGUAGGAGAGCAAGAAUUUGGUUUCCCAUGUUUUCUUUUUUUGAAUGUAAUGUUAAUGGUACAGUACCUAAUGAAUAUUGUUGGCCGUUUUCAAAGCCAACAAUAAUGAAAAGACUAAUUGGAUGAAGACUAUCUUUGUUAUGGGUUCAUGAUUAAAUAUACAGUAGUUCUUGAAAGUGAGUAACUUUGCUUUCUCCCCUAGGUUGUACCUGGACGCCUUGCUUUUUGGCUUUUAUGUUGACAAAGUAAAGUUCCCUGUUCUGAGCAAGGCUGUGAUUAUAGAAAGCAUGAAGGAACAUUAAGAGUCUUUCCCUAUCUGUUUGAACAGAAAGCUUAAGUAGAUGUUUUUUGCCUUUUCUCUUUAGGCAGAAGUAAUGUGAUUGAAGUCAGGGUGUUACCCUUACCUGUUGAGUAUUUGCAUUUUGAACUUGCUGGUUGAAAGAUUUUUUUUUUUAAUUUCAAGUUGGAUUCCAGUCAAGAAAUAAUAUUUUUUAAAGUUUCUUAUUAUUUUCAAAGGAAAAUCCCAUACCAAAUGAACAAUACUUGUUCUUUGAGUUAAUCUCUGUGUCUUUUUAAAAAUACAACUCUGGAAAGUAAUCAGUUUUAUUAACAUAAUUUUGCCUUUAAGAAAAGUAUAUUGAACAUACCAGGAUGCCUGAAACAAGAAGAGAAAGGGGCCAUACAUGUGGUGACAGAGUACAAAUAUAGUACAGGCAUUUUUCACCAAAGAUGCAACGAAAGAUGCAGUUCCUGUUUUGUUCUGAGGGUUCAGUAUGGUCAUAAACUCAUGAGGAAAAAUAACUGCAUCCAUAAAAAUAGAAUUGGCUGAAUUUUAGUGAUGCAGCUACCUGGAAAAACUUUGUGCUAUAGCUGUUAGUAAGAUGGCAGUCCAGUUUUAUGCUUUUUAAUGAUGUUAUUUAAUGAGCAAAACAGUGGGGUGUUUACCAGACAUUAGAUAAAGUUCUUAUGUCCUUGAGUAUGGAGAUAUGCAUGCAAAAAUAUUUUUUCUCUUUCUGAAAAGAAAUUUAUAACAGGUUGCGAGCAUAGUAUAACUUUUUGGGCUUUGAAAUGUCUCAUUCUUGGCCACAGACAUAUUUGGAUAUGAAAGGUUUUACUGUUUUUUUAUAUCUUAAAUACAAUUGUGUACAUACAUUCUUUCUAUUUAGUCUUAAUUUGGCAAUUAGGAAGAGAUAUAACUUAGUUGCUAUUUACAACACUAGAAAUUUAGUACCUUAUAUAAUUUGACCUCAAAUAACAUCUGUCACUUCACUUUUUUAAUGAUUUUAUAGAGUAGUUAUGACAGUAGGAUGGUUGUGGGAUUGGAAUUGAUGAGCUUAGCCACUUAGAAUAUUAAUUGUGUAGUUUUUACAUUCCAUUUUAAAACAAGGAGUUAGAAAAGGUGCUGGCAUAUUGAGGUCUAAAAUUAGGCUACUUAGCAGGAGCCUGGUUCUUAUUGGUUGAAAUAUCUUAUUUUUGCACUUUGAGUUAUAAUCCCACCUUGUAUAAGCUACAGAGGAUCCCAACUGGAUUGGGCAGGAAAGGAAUAUUAUUCGAACAAGUUUUAGUCAGUGCUGCAUGAUCCCAUUUUGAGUCUGCUCUGAACAUAAUUUUUUAUUCCCACUUGAGAAACAGCACAAGGCAAUUUAUUUUAUUGUGCUUUUAAAUAUCAUUCAAGAGAGUCUUAUAAUAUCUUAAAUUGUUGAUUCUAUUACAUGCUAGGGACAAAAAUGCCAAUAUUUCAUCUAAGGAAAUUGCAUAAUUAUGAAGGUUGAAGGAUGUGUCCUUUGCCAGUCAAGGGAAUUUGACCCAGUCAAAAGAUGUGAUACUGUCAUUUUUUCUUUAGCUUUAGAGGGACUGAUAUGGCUUUUGAAAAAAUGUUUGGAAAAAAUUUGUGGCAACAUUAAGUCAAGAAUGUUAAGUAGCUACUUAAUGGGAAGUUUCCUACCAUCAGUCUUAUUUCCUUCAUAUGGAUUCUAUUCUAGAACAAAAUAGAAAGAAUAAAUUGCAACUGAUUUGCAGAGCUAUAGACAUUGAGAGUGCCUAACAGCUGAUGGCAGUAAGGAUUGUAAAAUAACUUUAGACCUUGUAUUUUAAAUCUGUUUUGAGGAAAAGGUAAGCUAAACUUAUAAUUUAUUUCUAUAACUAUUACAAGGCAGUGUUUACAUAAAUCAGUCAUCUCCAAACCUCUUUCUUAGAAAACUUUGAGACAGAAUUCUUUUCCGUGUUUUUUCCUCUUAAUAUGAAACCUAUAUUUUUGUCACUUUUUGUUUGUCCAAAAAUUUCCAGAUUUUUGUCUUUUUUUUUUUUCUUGGUAAAAUCUAAACUAGUUGAGAUGGUAUUUACAUUUACAUGUUAGUUGUGAAUGUGGCUAGAUAGAGAAGCUACAUGCUUUAGAUCUACAUUUUUUUUUUGACCUUUACUAGGUUCUUCAGUUUUAGACUAGUGAGAGGCUUACAUCAUUAAACACUUGAGACCUCAGUGUAGAAGGAACCAAGAAAGUUUUGGUUUGGGGUGCAAACUGGAGGUAUAUGCAAAGUCUUUGAUGCAUUUUUCUAUGUUCCUGGGACAGCAUGAUCUACCUUUCUUUUUUUUAAAGUCUAUACUGGGCAGUGUUACUGAAAAGGUAAUUGAAGUUCAUAGGGAGUAGGAUAAUUUGAAGAAGGCAAGUUUACUGUUAUCACCAAAUAAUUUGGGAGGAACCUUUGUUGCUAUGCUGCAGAACUCUCAAUAUGCCUAUCCUCUCCAUAGUUCUCUGUGGCCAGAAUGGCUAGGGUAAAAACAACUUUCAUAUGCUGGGUCGGUUUAUUAGUAGUAUCCUUUUAAAUCAGAAAGCACUGAGUUUAGCCUUAGAACCAGUCAGCUGAUAAGUGUGAACUGUUCACAUGAAAGAAGCCAUUGACUAAGAGCCCUGUUGGUAGUGUAACCAACACGGCAAGUGGCAUUCUUCUCUACCCUGUACCUGCCUGGUUGUUGUUAGAAUUCCAAAAUCUUGUGAUUUGUAAAUGGAGAACAGAGGAGCCAAAAGCUUUUAUAGCUGCUAGGAAACAGUCUGUUUUAGGAACAUCUGUUUGGAAAGUGUUUAUGUAUUCAGAGUCAUAUUCAUAACACUAACCUGCUUUGACUGGAUUCAGCAAAAGGCAAUUUCAUCAUUAGUUGCAAAGUAAACUUUAUUUUAAGGAUUCCAAUUCCAACAUGCUUGGGAAAAUUAACUAUAUUCUUGUUUUAAACACUCUGAUCUAAUAAAUUUAAUUCUUUGAUAGUCUUUUUGUAGACUUAAGUUAUCCCUUACCAAAGGUAAUUGUAGUGAUAGUUCUUUAAGGUAUGCAGGCAUUUGAGACAUGAAAGCUCUCUUUUAGAAUAGUUCAAUCGCUUUCUUAAACAGUGUUUGUUUCAUUUAGAUAGUUGCAAAGCCAACAAGGCAUGCCAGUUUUAAUGCCAUCUGUACUUGGCAGUUAGGACAGUUUGCAAUUGUAAAAAGGUUAGCCCAGAUUUCCCGUGUACUUCUAUAGAGGAGAAUUGUUGGUAACAGCAAAGUCAGGCUGCUACAGGUGACCAAUGAAAAAGGAAAGAAGUUAAGAUUCCUUUUCCCCCUCUCUUUGAGUGGCUUUGAAUGGCUGACAUUACAAUGGAAAUUAGUUUUGGUCCCCUUCUUGCCUACCCCUCACCCUCAGCAAAUGCCACUAAUUUCAAGUAGCUAAACCAUGGCCGUUACUUUGCAUUAAGUUCAAUAAAAAUAUCUGUGAAAUUUAUAAGCCAUAAUUCAGCUACCAAAAAAGUUGAUUGUUAGAGUAUGUUUUACCCUAAAUUAACCAAAGGACUUUUUAUUCAGUGUACCCAUGUUUAAGCAUAUGGAGAGAGAAGGAGGACUCUGUUAAUUUCAUUGUUAUUUCUGGUCUGUUUCAAUCUGAACUACUGAGUUGUCUGAACAUAACCAAGCAAUGUUAUCAGUAAUGUCGUCUUAAAAAUGCUUAAUUUUAAUAAUUUUUAUUCAGAGAAUCUAUGGAUUGUUAGGACAAUUAAAGUAUUUCUAAUAUGAAAAAAAAGGAAGUGGAAACUGGUACAUAAUGGGGGGCACAAAAUUAGCUUGAAUUAAAGUGGGCAUGUUUUGUUUCAAGAAUUCUACCUAAAUGUCACCCUAUCCACAGAAAAACUAGUAUUACUUGAAGAUGUGAAAAUUCCUGUGGUAGCCAUACCUUGAAGCACAGUAUUGUAUAUAAGUAAAUAUCUUGAUUCUAAAUUAAAUCCAGAUUUAACUAAUAUAUAUUAUUUUAUAUCUUUGUUCUAUUAAAAAGUUUUAAAACACUAAAAAUAAAACACUUGAAAGUUGAA